AUGUGUGUCCACUGUGACAGCGCCUGGGAGCGCUGGGCGAGGAAUCUCUGUGCCUCCUUCAGGUCCGAGUCGGAGCUCCCCUGGUCCCACCGCGUCCACGGCAUGAGCGAGGGUGUGCGUCAGCCGUCCUCAGAGUCCCGGAGACGUAGAGGUCACUGUCUGGGCGACCUGCCUCCCCCUCAGAUUGAGAUCUCGGACACGGAGCUGAGCCAGAUCAAAGGGUGGACGAUCCCAGUGCCUCCAGCAGAAGCGUCCAGUGAGCGAGCUGACCCUGAGCUGCGGAAGUCAGAUGAGCGUCUGUUAGGAUUCUUUGACAGGUGUUCCUGUGAGUGCGGGUGGACUCAGGAAGCAGCAAUUCAGCUCCCAGUCAACCCUGCUCUAGUGCUGAAGGUUGAAGAAAUUGGUGAAUGGGUCAGCGAGCGGGCACGUUGGACCAGCAGAGGAGCCAAGUCCUUUCAUUUCACUCUGCCCACCCGGGAGAGUGAGGACGAGGAGGACGAGCAGAGGAAGGGGAGGGGGUGCUCCCUGCAGUACCAGCACGCCACGGUGCGCGUCCUCACCCAGUUCCUGGCAGAGUCGCUCAACCUAGCUCAGCUGAGCUACAUGCUGGGCCCCGACUGGCAGUUUGACAUCACUGACCUGGUGACGGAUUUCAUGAAGGUGGAGGAGGCGAAAAUUGCCCAGUUACAGGAUGGCAGGACCCUGGUGGGUUGGGAGCUGGGAAUCACCACUAUUCAGGUCCUCUCGCCUCUCUCUGACUCCAUCCUGGCUGAGAAGACCGUGAUCGUUCUGGACGACCGUGUCACCAUCGUGGACCUGGGCGUGCAGCUGGUGACUGGCAUGUCCCUUUCCCUGCAGCCUCAGAGAGUGGACAAAAGAGCCAUCGUCUCAAUGGCAGCCGCCCAGAACGUUCUCCAAGCCCGACAGCAGGUGAGUUCUUGGAAUUUGUUCAGUGAUGGUUCAAUGACACCCUUAGACAUUUAUGAUCCUAAGAAUUUUUUCCAUUACUAUACUACCUCAUCAUGGGAUGAAAUGAUGGUGUCUGUGCAAGCAAACUUCCAGUCCAAAUGGUCAGUUGUGGUGGCAGAGGGUGAAGAGCAAGGACCCUUGAUUAAAUUAGAAGUGAUGAUUAGUGAACCUUGUCAGAAGACCAAGAGGAAGAGUGUUCUUGCCAUGGGUAAAGGAAAUGUCAAGGUCAAAUUUGAACCAAAUAUUGAUGAUCACCAAGGAGGCACCAGUGAUAUUUAGGGCAUAAAUCGUGAAUAUAAAGACCACCUCAGUCACUCCACAGAGGGUGAAGGAAACCAGGAGAGAGCGGUUCAGGAAUGGUUCCAACAUGGCACCUCUGUUGGCCAAGAGGAAGCUACCAACAAAAGCACAAUCCCACAGUCUCCCAUGGAAGGAAAGGAUAAGAAAUUGCUCAAGAGUGGUGGUCCAGUGGCUCGGGAAUGA